UGAGAAUUUCUCACCUAUCAGUUUCAGUCUCUCCCUCUCAGUAAGUUCCUAGAAAAGCCAAACCCAAACUCAGUGGACAUAAAACCUCCGUCAAACUAAACCCAUACAUACAAAAUCCAAUCCUAAAAAAUCCCACUAAACAAACUCAAAAGAAAAUGGCACUUGCUGCCUUAACACCAGCCACUCCUCUCCGGCUGAGCCCCUACUCCUCCACUCUCCGCUUCCUCUCCUUUUACUCCAAAUCAAAUUCUGCAACUCUUCCCUCUAAAACCCUCCUAAAACCCUAUUCUUUCCCGCCAAAGUUCUUCCACUUAUCAUGCCAGCCCCGCCGAAGGGCCUUCUGCUCCGUGAUCUCCGGAGCUCUACAAUCCGGCGAGAGGACCAAACCGGAAUCAUUGGGCGAAAUGGGUAAUAAAGUUGGGGCAUUUAGGAAGAAGUUGAAGAUUGCAGAUAUAAAAGGUGGCCCUGAUGAAGGACUGGGUCGGGUCGGGCAUACCAUUGUUGUGAUGGGGUGGGUCCGGACACUUAGGGUCCAGAGUAGCGUCACGUUUAUUGAGGUUAAUGAUGGUUCAUGUCUGUCAAACAUGCAAUGUGUUAUGGAUUCAGAGGCUGAAGGUUAUGAUCAGGUAGAAUCUGACUUGGUGACAACUGGUGCAUCAAUAUGGGUACAAGGGACAGUGGUCAAGAGCCAAGGGUCAAAGCAAAAGGUCGAACUGAAGGUCAACAAAAUUGUGGCGGUUGGCAAAAGCGAUCCAUCCUAUCCCAUCCAAAAGAAAAGAGUCAGCAGGGAAUUUUUGAGAACUAAAGCUCAUCUUCGUCCUAGAACAAAUACAUUUGGUGCGGUUGCAAGGUUGAGGAAUGCUCUGGCCUAUGCUACACACAAAUUUUUUCAAGAACAUGGGUUUGUCUGGGUAUCAAGUCCUAUUAUUACAGCUUCCGAUUGUGAAGGGGCAGGUGAACAGUUUUGUGUCACUACUUUGAUUCCAAAUUCUCAAGAAGCAGCUGAUUCUCUUGUAGAUGGCAUUCCAAAAACAGAGAAUGGGUUAAUUGAUUGGUCACAAGAUUUUUUUGGCAAACCAGCAUUUUUGACAGUCUCUGGCCAGCUCAAUGCUGAAACAUAUGCUACUGCCCUUUCGGAUGUGUACACAUUUGGUCCCACAUUUAGAGCAGAAAAUUCUAACACUUCUAGACACUUAGCUGAAUUUUGGAUGAUUGAACCAGAACUUGCAUUUGCUGAUCUGGAUGACGACAUGGCUUGUGCAACUGCCUAUCUCCAGUAUGUAGUGAGGCAUAUCCUUGAAAAUUGCAAGGAAGAUAUGGACUUCUUCAAUACUUGGAUUGAGAAGGGAAUCAUUGAUCGAUUGAGUGAUGUUGCUGAGAAAGACUUUGUGCAGUUGACUUACACUGAUGCAAUUGAACUUCUUCUUAAAGCAAAUAAGAAGUUUGAAUUUCCGGUAAAAUGGGGAUGUGAUUUGCAAAGUGAGCAUGAGCGUUAUAUAACUGAAGAGGCGUUCGGUGCAUGCCCUGUCAUAAUAAGAGAUUAUCCAAAGGAGAUCAAGGCAUUUUAUAUGAGGCAAAAUGAUGACGGGAAGACUGUUGCAGCCAUGGAUAUGCUGGUUCCUCGGAUUGGGGAGCUUAUUGGUGGAAGUCAAAGAGAAGAACGACUUGAAUAUCUGGAAGAGCGUUUAGAUGACUUAAAGCUAAACAAGGAUAGCUACUGGUGGUAUCUUGAUCUGCGCCGUUAUGGAUCAGUUCCUCAUGCGGGUUUUGGACUGGGUUUCGAAAGGCUGGUGCAAUUUGCGACUGGAAUAGAUAAUAUAAGAGAUGCAAUACCUUUCCCUAGGGCACCUGGUUCAGCUGAAUUUUGAUGGCAGAAACGGUCAGAUAUGAUUUUGUCCUCUCUACUUUUUCUAUUUUUUUCUCUUCUAAUUUUUCUUUUACCCUUGUUGAUACUAUUAUUUUGUUAAAACUGUAUUUUUUAGGCAAAAUAUUGUCCAUCUGGCAUGAUUGCUAAUAUUUUAUGUAAAAUGUCCCAAACCAAUUUUGGUUAUGUACUUAUGAUGUCUCUUGAUGAACUUAUGCAGGUGUCUUUUACUA